AUGAAAAAUUAGAAUAAAUUAGAAAUUCUUUCUAUAUAUCCUAAUGAUAGUGAUUCUUAAGAGAUUUAUCCCCUAUAUGAUAUAUCAUUAACAAGAAUUUUUGAUACCGAAGACUUUUUAUAAUAAACAUUGUACACUAUAAUUCGACAAUGCUAUGGGUAUAGAAAUUUAACUAGAAUGUGGCCUAAAUUAUCAUAAUAAUAAAUAACCAAAGGUAAAUAUGAAAACUAUUAUCAAAAAAUAAUCAAUAAUCGAAUUUCAAGAUUUCCCUAAUUGAAUUUAUAAGGUAUUCAAUAAAUAGAAGGGAAACGAUAUAAAAUAGUGCUAUAUUCAGAAUUAAUGUUCAAAUUACAUCCUUAAAAAAUGGUGUGUUGUAUAUGUGAAAAAGAAAUAUUGCUAAGUAUUGUAGAGGAACAUUCACAAUUAUGUCUAAAAAAACAUAUGUUAAAUAAGGAUAUUUAUGCUAUAUAGGAUAAAAUUUAAGAGUUAUCAGAGGAAAUAAAUAAUAAGGAAAUUGAACUUAUUACUAAAAUAAAUUUGUAUACUAAAUAAAGGAUGUCUGAAAAAAAUUUAAGUCAUUAAAACAGUCCAGUAAUGAGCAGAAGCAAAUAAUAAAUUACUCUUUCGAAGUUUGCUCAAUAAAGUGAUCAAAGAUAAAGAGGUUUAUAUAGAGCAAAAACCAUAAAUAUCUCUGAAGAUAAUAGCAUUAGUGAAUUUCCAACAUUUCAUUAAAGAAAACCAGGUAGGAAUUUUACUCGUUUAGAAUCAUCUAUGAGUAUGAGUCCAGAUAGUUAAAAAUAAAUAAAAUGUGCUAUAUCUUUACUGAAAGUUACUCAACAAUAUUGUUAAAAAAUAUUAAAAUAGGAUAAUUCAUUUGGUUUAGAUAUUGAUGCUAAAUUUUAAUCAUUGAUUAAAUUAGGAUUACCUGAAAUUAAUCAUUUAAAUGAUGUAAGUGAAUUAAUGAAAAGAUCCUUAAGUUUAAUAACAUAACGAUUAGCAUUAAAUAAAUAAGCAAAUAAAAUAGAUACAGCAUAAUUAUAAUUAUAAUGUGGAUCAAUUGAUAAAUUAAAAAAAAUAUUCUAAAAAGGAUUAUCAAAUUCAUAUAAAUAAGCAGGAACUUCAUUAAAUAGUAGAAACAAAAAAGGAGUCAAUAAUGGAGGUAAAGUAAGAAUUAUGGAUUUAGUCAAACCCAAUAAAUCUAAAUUUAAUCAAAGAUAAUAUAAGGAGGAUUAGGAGGAAUCUUAAUAUUAAAAUUAAUAAACUCCUAUUUAAGAAUAAAAAAUUGAUUCUUUAGAAUAUAUAACAUUUUCUCCUUCAGAAGAGAAUGUAAAUUAGAAUACUAACACAUAAUAAUUAUUAAAUAUUCAUAUUUAUUCUCAAUAAGAAGAUGAUGAUAGUGAUGAUGUUCAAUAAAAUCUAUUCAUUAGAGGUUAUUAUUCUGAUUCUGGAAUUACAUUGCGAAUUCCAUAAUCUACUUAAAAAAUGUAAUUUAUUUUAUAAUAUCAUUAAUUCUAGAAUGACAGUAGGAUUAAAAGAUUUUGAAUUUUAAGAAGUAUUGGGUGUUGGAGCAUAUGGAGCAGUUUGGAAGGUUAGAAAAUUAAAAACUAAUGAUGUUUAUGCAAUGAAAGUUAUUGACACUUAAUAAUAAUCAAGUUAAAACUUUUUUGAAACCCUUAAAGCUGAAAGUACUAUAUUUUCAGUUCUUGAAGGGGAUUUCGUUGCAAAAGCUUACUAUUCUUUUAGUCAUUCAGAUUGUUUAUUUUAUGUUCUUGAAUAUGUGAAGGGAGGUGAUUUUGAUAAAAUUUUAAGAAAAUAUGGUGCUUUAGAUGAACCAAUUGCUAAAUUUUAUAUUGGUGAAUUACUCUUGGCUAUAGAGGCUUUACACAAAAAGUAAAUCAUUCAUAGAGAUUUGAAGCCACAAAACAUCUUAGUAGAUGGUAAAGGUCAUUUAAAAUUAACUGAUUUUGGAUUAUCAGAAAUAGGAAUGAAACUAUAUAUGAAAUAAUCUGAACCUAGUUAAGCUCUUAAAUUAUAACAAUAAUUAGACAAUAAUAUAAAAGAUUUAGUAAGCAGUGAACCAAAGUCUCCUAGAUUUGAUCAUUGUAUAUCAAUAAAGGCCAGCAAUCAUAAUAAACAUAGAGUUGUUGGUACUCCAGAUUAUAUAGCUCCUGAAGUCAUUAGAGGAGAGUCUAUAAGCAAUGAAUCACUUGAUUAAUGGAGUUUAGGUGUAAUUACUUAUGAAUUCUUGGUUGGUAUUCCACCAUUUAAUGAUGAUACUCCAGAAAAGAUCUUUGAAAAUAUUUUAUAAAGGAAUAUUAUUUGGCCAGAAAUUGGAGAUGGAGAAAAUCAAUUGAGUCUAAAUGCAAAAGAUUUUAUCGAGAGAUUAUUAGAUCCCAAUUAUAAAACUAGGAUGACUGUUGAAGAAGCCAAAAGGCAUUCAUUUUUUAAGGGUUGUAAACAUAUUUCUUAAUAUAGAUAUCAAUUUUGAUACUCUUCGUAAAUAACCAGCACCAAUCAUACCUGAUAAUGCACCUGAUGAUCAACCUUUACUGUUAAUAAAGAAAUAGAGAGAGAAAGAUAAAUUAACAAAAUUACUACGUGAUACUUCAAGUGAAAACUCUACCAUUUCAAAAUUAGGUGUUGACAAUUUAUUGAGACUUGAUUUACUUGUAGAAAUGAAUUAAUAAAAGGCUCAUUAAUUAAGAAAAAGAUAUCAUUGA